AUGGACGACCUGCGGGUGCAGUGGAUACGCGACCGCGUGUACACGGCCUUGGGCCUCACAGACCCCCAGCUCUUCGAGGAGCUGCUGGUCCGCGACGAUGGCGAGGCCGAGGACCUCAUCCUGCACUUCCUCAACCACACCAGCGAGGAGGAGGGCGCCGCCACGCUCUUUUUCUACCGGAAGGUGCUGCCCGAGGAGGUGGAGGUGGAGGUGGACGCCGACGAGGUGUCGGCCUCGGAGGGGCAUGAAGAGGAGGAAGGAGAGACCAAGUCUCUGAAGGUCGAGUCCAUGGACAAAGUGUCAGCCAAGAGUGGGCAUUCGAGAGCCAGCUCCAUGUUUCAGUCCGUGGUGAGCACAGAGGAUGACAGCUGGAGGACCGUCAGGCACAUCGUGGACAAGACGCAUCUCCACGUGCUCUGCACUCCUGUCCCCGAGGAGUUUCUGGCCCAGAACGUGGUGUUUUUCCUGAGAAAUACAAAAGAGACGAUCUCAGAGGCCAGCUACAUGAAGGAAGCUAUGGAGAUCAUGCCCGAGACGCUGGAGUACGGGAUCCUAAAUGCCAACAUGCUCCACUUCCUCAGAGACAUUAUGUAUCAGGUUUUCUUGCCGGCCUUGUCCUUCAAUCAGCACAAGGAGGCGAGCGUGUCUCUGACACCUGGAGAAAUGCAGGACUCUUUCGAUACUGAAACGGAACUGCUGAACGCGCAUGGGGAGGCCGUGGAGUACCACAGCGUCCAGCUCAUACGGGACGAGUUCUUAAUGAACGUCCAGAAAUUUGCAAAUAAUAUUCAGAGAACAGUGCAGCAACUUGAAGGAGAGAUCAAGUUAGAAAUGCCCAGCAUCAGCGUGGAGGGCGAGGUGUCCGCCCUGGCUGCUGACCCGGAAAUCAUCGAGAGCUUGGAGCAGUGUGUCAUCAACUGGCUGGGCCAGAUCACCGUGGCUGUGGAGGGCCAGCUGAAGAAGACGCCGCAGGGUAAUGGUCCUCUGGCCGAGAUCGAGUUCUGGAGGGAAAGGAACGCGACUCUGAGCGCCCUCUACGAGCAGACCAAGCUCCCGAUCGUCAGGAAGGUCCUGGAGGUGAUCAAGGAGGCGGACUCCCUGCUCGUGGCCAACCUGCAGCCGGUCCUGACGGACCUCUUCAAGCUGCACAUGGAGGCCUCGGACAACGUGCGCUUCCUCUCCACCGUGGAGCGCCACUUCAAGAACAUCACGCACGGGUCCAGCUUCCACGUGGUCCUGGAGACCAUCCCCUCCAUGAUGAGCGCGCUGCGGAUGGUGUGGAUCAUCUCGCGGCACUACAACAAGGACGAGCGCAUGAUCCCCCUCAUGGAGCGCAUCGCCUGGGAGAUCGCCGAGCGCGUCUGCAGGGUGGUGAACCUGCGCACCUUGUUCAGAGAAAACCGGGCGAAUGCACAGCACAAGACCCUGGAGGCCAAGAACUCCCUGGACAUGUGGAAGAAGGCCUACUUCGACACCAGGGCCAAGAUCGAGGCCUCGGGGCGGGAGGCCCGCUGGGAGUUCGACCGGAAGCGGCUGUUCGAGAGGACGGACUACAUGGCCACCAUCUGCCAGGACCUCUACGACGUCCUGCAGGUGAUGGAGGAAUUUUAUAACAUAUUUGGUCCAGAACUGAAGGCCGUGACGGGGGACCCCAAACGCAUCGACGACGUCUUGUGCCGGGUGGACAACCUGGUCACCCCCAUGGAGAGCCUGACCUUCGACCCUUUCUGCAUCCAGUCCGCGCACUACUGGAAGUACGUGAUGGACGACUUCAAGAUCGAGGUUCUGGUUAUUGAGAAAGAAGCAAAAAAUUUUAUUGACGAGUCCUUUAAGACGCUUCGGUCGGCCGAAGCAGCAUUUGACAUGCUUCUGAAGUUCAAGCACAUCCGGUCACGGGAGGCCAUCAACCGGCAAAUGAUGAUGAAGUUUAACGACAUUCUGGUGCAGUAUUGUAAAGAGAUCGACAUCAUCAAUAAAAUCUUCGUCCAGAACCACGAGAACCCGCCUCUGUACAAGAACCACCCCCCGGUGGCGGGCGCCAUCUACUGGGAGCGCUCCCUGUUCUACCGCAUCAAGCACACCAUCCUGCGGUUCCAGGAGGUGCAGGAGAUCCUGGACAGCGAGCGGGGCGAGGAGGUAAAACAAAAGUACCUGGAAGUGGGCAGGACGAUGAAGGACUACGAGGAGCGGAAGUACGAGCUGUGGAGGGACACGACAGAGCAGCUGCUGCCGACGCUCAUGAAGAAGAGUCUGCUCAUGAAGAUUACUGCCAACCCCGAGGAUGCCGCCGAGACCUCCGACAGGGGCAUCACGUUUGCAAUCAAUUUCCCGUUCGCUCUCAGGGAGAUUAUUAACGAAACCAAGUACCUGGAGCAGCUGGGAUUUCCCGUCCCCGAAUUAGCAAGGAACGUGGCCCUCCAGGAGGACAAAUUCCUCAGGUACACGGAGGGCAUCCAGCACAUGCUGGACCACUACCACAUGCUGGUCAGGACGCUGAACGACGCCGAGUCUUCCCUGCUCGACGACCACUCGCAGGAGCUGCUCCGCGUGUUCCGGUCUGGAUUCAAGAGGCUGAACUGGAACUCGCUAGGUGACGCCUCCCGCCUCAUUGCUGACUACAUAACGCGGUGCAAGCAGGCCAUCGGGAAGUUCGAGUCCCUCGUCCACCAGAUUCAUAAGAACGCGGACGACAUUGCCUCCAGGCUCACGCUGAUCGAGUCCAUCAACCUCUUCAAGUACCCGGCACCCAAGACCGAGGAGGACCUCCCAGGCGUGAAGGAGUUCUUCGAGCACAUUGACCGGGAGAGGACCAAGGACGUGGACUACAUGGUCCGGUGGUACCUCGCCAUCGGGCCCCUGCUGACCAAGGUCGAGGGCCUGGUCAUCCACACCAACACGGGCAAGGCGCCCAAGCUGGCCACCUACUACGAGUACUGGGAGAAGCGGGUCUACGAGGUCCUGACCAAGCUCAUCCUCAAGAAUCUGCAGGCCUUUAACUCCUUGAUCCUGGGCAACGCCCCUUUGUUCCAAACGGAGACCAUCCUGACGGCCCCCGAGAUCAUCCUCCACCCCAACGCCAGCGAGAUCGACAAAAUGUGCGUCCACUGCGCCCGAAACUGCGUGGAGGUCACCAGGAACUUUGUUCGCUGGAUGAAUGGCAGCUGCAUAGAAUGCCCCCCGCAGAAGGGGGAGGAGGAGGAAGUCGUGACUAUCACCUUCUACAACGACAUCUCCCUGAACCCCCAGAUCAUCGAGCAGGCCCUCAUGAUCCCCCAGAAUGUCCACAGGAUUCUGGUCAACCUCACAAAGUACCUGCAGAAGUGGAAGAAGUACCGGCCCCUCUGGAAGCUGGACAAAGCCAUCGUGAUGGAGAAAUUCGCCGCCAAGAAGCCCCCGUGUGUGUCCUACGACGAGAAGCUACAGUUCUACACGAAGAUCUCCCAGGAGGUGAUGCGCCAGCCCUUGGUCAAGGAGGAGCACUGCGUGCGGCUGCAGCUGGGGCCGCUGGCGCACACGGUGCAGGAGAGCGCCAAGGCCUGGGUGAUGUCGCUCGGGAAGCUGCUCAACGAGUCGGCCCGGGAGGAGCUGCACAGCCUCCACGAGGAGAUGGAGAGCCUGGCCAAGAACCUGAAGAAGAGCCCCGGGACCCUGGAGGAUCUCAAGUUUGUCCUCGCGACGAUUGCGGAAGUGAGGAGCAAAUCCCUGGUCAUGGAGCUGAGGUACAGGGACGUCCAGGAGCGGUACCGCACCAUGGCGAUGUACAACCUGCACCCCACCAAUGCGGAGAAAGAGCUGGUUGACAAGAUCGAGAGCAUGUGGCAGGACCUGUUCACCGACUCGGUGAACGUGGAGCACGCUCUUGGCAGCAUCAAGAGAACCUUCACGGAGAUCACUCGAAGCGAGAUAAUGAACUUCAGGCAGCAGAUGGAGGACUUUGCGAAACGGUUUUAUUCUGAAGGCCCUGGCUCGGUGGGUGAAGAUCUUGAUAGCGGCAUGGACCUCUUAGGCAGCUUUGAGAGGGAGCUGGUGAGGCAUGAAAGGAACCGCCAGGAGCUGGCCAACGCGGAGAAGCUCUUCGACCUCCCGAUCACCAUGUACCCAGAGCUGCUGAAGGUGCAGAAGGAGAUGACUGGGCUGCGGAUGAUCUACGAGCUCUACGAGGAGCUGAAAGUGGCGAAGGAAGAGUGGUCCCAGACGCUCUGGAUCAACCUGAACGUGCAGUUCCUGCAGGAGGGCAUCGAGGGCUUCCUGCGCUCCCUGCGCAAGUUCCCGCGGAUGGUCCGCAACCUGGCCGUGGCCUUCCACCUGGAAGCGAAAAUGAAGGCCUUCAAGGACUCGAUCCCCCUGCUGCUGGACCUGAAGCAUGAGGCGCUCCGGGACAGGCACUGGAAAGAGCUCAUGGAAAAGACGGGCGUGUAUUUCGAGAUGACCGAGACCUUCACCUUGGAGAACAUGUUUGCCAUGGAGCUUGACAAGCACGCGGACGUGCUCAACGAGAUCGUCACGGCAGCCAUCAAGGAGAUCGCCAUCGAGAAGGCCGUGAAGGAGAUCCUGGACACGUGGGAGAACAUGAAGUUCUCUGUGGUCAAGUACUUCAAGGGCACCCAGGAGCGCGGCUACAUCUUGGGGUCCGUGGACGAGAUCAUCCAGUGCCUCGACGACAACACGUUCAACCUGCAGAGCAUCUCGGGCAGCCGCUUCGUGGGGCCCUUCCUGCAGACGGUGCACAAGUGGGAGAAGACGCUCUCGCUGAUCGGCGAGGUCAUCGAGAUCUGGAUGCUGGUGCAGAGGAAGUGGAUGUACCUGGAGAGCAUCUUCAUCGGAGGAGACAUCCGCUCGCAGCUGCCGGAGGAGGCGAAGAAGUUCGACAACAUCGACAAAGUGUUUAAAAGGAUCAUGGGCGAGACCUUGAAAGACCCCGUGAUCAAGCGAUGCUGCGAGGCCCAGAACCGCCUCUCGGACCUGCAGCACAUCAGCGAGGGCCUGGAGAAGUGCCAGAAGAGCCUGAACGACUACCUGGACUCCAAGCGCAACGCCUUCCCCCGCUUCUUCUUCAUCUCCGACGACGAGCUGCUCAGCAUCCUGGGCAGCAGCGACCCGCUCUGCGUCCAGGAGCACAUGAUCAAGAUGUAUGACAACAUAGCGGCGCUGCGGUUCCAGGACGGGGACAGCGGGGAGAAGCUGGUGUCCGCCAUGAUCUCCGCAGAAGGCGAGGUCAUGGAGUUCCGCAAGACCGUGCGGGCCGAGGGCCGCGUGGAGGACUGGAUGACCGCCGUUUUGAACGAGAUGCGCAGAACCAACCGGCUGAUCACCAAAGAGGCUAUUUUUAGAUACUGUGAAGACAGGAGCAGGGUGGACUGGAUGCUGCUGUACCAGGGCAUGGUGGUGCUGGCCGCCUGCCAGGUGUGGUGGACCUGGGAGGUGGAGGACGUCUUCCACCAGGUGCAGGCGGGCGAGAAGCACGCCAUGAAGAGCUUCGGCCGGAAGAUGCACCGGCAGAUCGACGAGCUGGUCACGCGCAUCACCCUGCAGCUGGGCAAGAACGACCGCAAGAAGUACAACACCGAGCUCAUCAUCGACGUGCACGCCCGCGACAUCGUGGACUCUUUCAUCCGGGGCAGCAUCCUCGAUGCCCAGGAGUUCGAGUGGGAAAGUCAGCUGCGCUUUUACUGGGACCGAGAGCCGGACGAGCUGAACAUCCGACAGUGCACGGGCACCUUCGGCUACGGCUACGAGUACAUGGGGCUCAACGGGCGGCUGGUCAUCACGCCCCUCACCGACCGCAUUUACCUGACGCUGACGCAGGCGCUGUCCAUGUAUCUGGGCGGAGCCCCUGCUGGCCCCGCAGGGACUGGCAAAACCGAGACCACCAAGGACCUGGCCAAAGCCCUGGGCUUGCUCUGUGUUGUAACCAACUGCGGCGAAGGCAUGGACUACAAAGCCGUCGGGAAGAUCUUCUCCGGCCUUGCUCAGUGUGGGGCCUGGGGCUGCUUCGACGAGUUUAACCGGAUCGACGCUUCUGUGCUGUCCGUCAUCUCGUCUCAGAUCCAGACGAUCCGGAACGCCCUGAUGCACCAGCUCACCACGUUCCAGUUCGAAGGGCAGGAGAUCUCGCUGGACUCGCGCAUGGGCAUCUUCAUCACCAUGAACCCUGGCUACGCGGGCCGCACGGAGCUGCCCGAGUCGGUGAAGGCGCUCUUCAGGCCGGUGGUGGUGAUCGUGCCCGACAUGCAGCAGAUCUGCGAGAUCAUGCUCUUCUCCGAGGGCUUCCUCUGGGCCAAGACUCUGGCCAAGAAGAUGACGGUUCUGUACAAGCUGGCGCGUGAGCAGCUCUCCAAGCAGCAUCACUACGACUUUGGGCUCCGGGCCCUGAAGUCGGUGCUGGUCAUGGCGGGCGAGCUGAAGAGAGGCUCCUCCGAGCUCAAAGAGGACGUGGUGCUGAUGCGGGCGCUUCGCGACAUGAACCUGCCCAAGUUCGUCUUUGAGGACGUCCCCCUGUUCCUCGGCCUGAUCUCCGACCUGUUUCCCGGGCUGGACUGCCCGCGCGUCCGCUACCCCAGCUUCAACGACGCGGUCGAGCAGGUGUUCGAGGAGAACGGCUUCGUGGUCCUGCCGGUCCAGGUGGAUAAAGUCAUUCAGGUGUACGAGACCAUGCUAACCCGCCACACCACGAUGGUGGUGGGGCCCACGGGAGGCCUGUGUCAGGCGCAGACCAAGCUGGGCCUGACGACCAAGCUGUACAUCCUGAACCCCAAGGCCGUGAGCGUCAUAGAGCUCUACGGCAUCCUGGACCCCAGCACCCGCGACUGGACGGACGGCGUGCUGUCCAACAUCUUCAGGGAGAUCAACAAGCCGACGGACAAGAAGGAGCGGAAGUACAUCUUGUUUGACGGCGACGUGGACGCGCUGUGGGUGGAGAACAUGAACUCCGUGAUGGACGACAACAAGCUGCUGACGCUGGCCAACGGCGAGCGCAUCCGGCUGCAGGCACACUGUGCGCUGCUCUUCGAGGUGGGAGACUUACAGUACGCCUCCCCCGCGACCGUGUCCCGCUGUGGAAUGGUCUACGUGGACCCCAAGAACCUGAAAUACCAGCCCUACUGGAAGAAAUGGCUUCAGCAGAUACAGAACAAGGUGGAGCAGGUCGUAUUGCAGAACCUCUUUGAGAAGUACGUGCCCUACCUCAUAGAUGUGAUCGUGGAGGGCAUCGUGGACGGGAGGCAGGGAGAGAAGCUGAAGAUGAUCGUCCCGCAGACGCACCUGAACAUGGUGACCCAGUUGACCAAGGUGCUGGACGCGUUCCUCGAAGGGGAGAUAGAGGACCCCGACCUGCUGGAGUGCUUCUUCCUGGAGGCGCUGUACUGCUCGCUGGGCGCCUGCCUGCUGGACUUCGGCCGCAACCGGUUCGACGAGUGCAUCAAGCGCCUCGCCUCCCUGCCUUCUGCCGAGCUGGACGGGGUGUGGGCCCGGCCCGGGGAACUGCCAGCUCAGCUCCCCACCCUGUACGACUUCCACUUCGAUCCUGCCCAGAAGAGGUGGAUCCCGUGGAGCAAGCUGGUUCCCGAGUACGUGCACUCCCGCGAGAGGAGGUUCAUUGAGAUCCUGGUUCACACGGUGGACACCACCCGCACGGCCUGGAUGCUGGAGCGCAUGGUCAAGAUCAAGCAUCCCGUUCUUUUGGUCGGCGAGUCUGGCACCUCGAAGACAGCCACCACCCAGAACUUCCUCAAAAACCUGAGCGAAGAGACUAACAUUGUGCUGAUGGUCAAUUUCUCUUCCCGCACCACCUCCCUGGACAUCCAGAGAAACUUAGAAGCAAACGUGGAAAAACGGACCAAGGACACCUACGGCCCCCCCAUGGGAAAACGCCUGCUGGUGUUCAUGGACGACAUGAACAUGCCCAAGGUGGACGAGUACGGCACCCAGCAGCCCAUCGCCCUGCUGAAGCUGCUGCUGGAGAAGGGCUUCCUGUACGACCGCGGCAAGGAGCUGAACUGCAAGAGCAUCCGAGACCUCGGCUUCAUCGCGGCCAUGGGCAAGGCGGGGGGCGGCCGCAACGAGGUGGACCCGCGGUUCCUCUCGCUGUUCAGCGUCUUCAACGUGCCGUUCCCCUCGGAGAUGUCUCUGCACCUGAUCUACUUCUCCAUCCUGAGAGGCCACACCUCGGUGUUUCACGAGAGCAUCGUCGCCGUGAGCGACAGGCUGACGCGCUGCACGCUGCAGCUCUACACGGACAUCGUGCAGGAGCUGCCGCCCACCCCGUCCAAGUUCCACUACAUCUUCAACCUGCGCGACCUCUCGCGGGUGUUCCACGGGCUGGUCCUCACCAACCCUGAGCGGUUCCAGACGGUGGCCCAGAUGGUGAGGGUCUGGAGGAACGAGUGUCUGCGUGUCUUCCACGACCGGCUGAUCAACGAAGACGACAAGGCUCUGGUGCAAGAGUACAUAUCAGACCUGGUCACGGAGCACUUCAAGGACGACGUGGAGGUGGUGAUGCGGGACCCCAUCCUGUUCGGGGACUUCCGCAUGGCGCUGCACGAGGAGGAGGAGCGCAUUUACGAAGACAUCCAGGACUACGAGGCGGCCAAGGCUCUGUUCCAGGAGAUCCUGGAGGAGUACAACGAGAGCAACACCCGCAUGGACCUGGUGCUGUUCGACGACGCCCUGGAGCACGUGACGCGCGUGCACCGCAUCAUCCGCCUGGACCGCGGCCACGCGCUGCUGGUGGGCGUCGGCGGCUCCGGGAAGCAGUCCCUGGCCAAGCUGGCCGCCUUCACGGCCGGCUACGAGGUGUUCGAGAUCCUCCUGAGCCGCGGCUACUCGGAGAGCAACUUCCGGGAAGACCUGAAGAACCUCUACCUGAGGCUGGGCAUCGAGAACAAGACGACGAUCUUCCUGUUCACGGACGCGCACGUGGUGGAGGAGGGCUUCCUGGAGCUCAUCAACAACAUGCUCACCUCAGGCAUGGUGCCCGCGCUCUUCGCCGAAGAUGAGAAGGAGACCAUCCUCAGUCAGAUUGACCAGGAGGCGCUGAAGCAGGGGGUCAGCCCGGCCAAGGAGUCCGUGUGGCAGUACUUCGUGAACAAGAGUGCCAACAACCUGCACAUCGUCCUGGGCAUGUCGCCCGUGGGGGACGCCCUGAGGACCUGGUGCCGGAACUUCCCAGGUCUGGUGAAUAACACUGGCAUUGACUGGUUCAUGCCCUGGCCGCCCCAGGCCCUGCAUGCGGUCGCCAAGUCAUUUUUAGGGCCUAAUACGAUGAUCCCGGAAGAACACAUAGAAGAUCUGGUGGAACAUGUGGUUUUGGUGCACGGGUCCGUGGGUGAAUUCAGCAAACAAUUUCUGCAGAAGCUGAGGCGCAGCAACUACGUGACUCCCAAGAACUACCUUGAUUUUAUUAACACGUACUCGAAACUACUGGACGAGAAAACCCAGAAUAACAUAGCUCAGUGCAAGCGGCUGGAGGGCGGGCUGGACAAGCUGAAGGAGGCCUCCAUUCAGCUGGACGAGCUGAACAGGAAGCUGGCCGAGCAGAAGAUCGUGCUGGCCGAGAAGUCCGCCGCCUGCGAGACCCUGCUGGAUGAGAUUGUCACCAACACAGCCACCGCGGAGGAAAAGAAGAAGCUGGCGGAAGAGAAGGCCAUAGACAUCGAGGAGCAGAACAAGAUCAUUGCGGUGGAGAAGGCCGAGGCCGAGACGGCCCUCGCCGAGGUCAUGCCCAUCCUGGAGGCCGCCAAGCUGGAGUUGCAGAAGCUGGACAAGUCGGACGUGACAGAGAUCAGGUCCUUCGCGAAGCCCCCGAAGCAGGUGCAGACGGUGUGCGAGUGCAUCCUCAUCAUGAAGGGCUACAAGGAGCUCAACUGGAAGACGGCCAAGGGCAUGAUGUCCGACCCCAACUUCCUGCGCUCGCUCAUGGAGAUCGACUUCGACUCCAUCACCCAGGGCCAAGUGAAGAACAUCCGCAGUCUCUUGAAGACUCUCAACACCACCAUUGAAGAAAUGGAGGCUGUGAGCAAAGCAGGCCUGGGGAUGCUGAAGUUCGUCGAAGCCGUCAUGAGCUACUGCGACGUUUUUAAAGAGAUCAAGCCCAAGAGAGAAAAGGUGGCCAGGCUGGAGCGGAACUACUUCCUCACGAAGCGGGAGCUGGAGAAGAUCCAGAACGAGCUGGCGGCGCUCCAGAGAGAGCUGGAAGCCCUGGGGGCCAAGUACGAGGCGGCCAUCCUGGAGAAGCAGAAGCUGCAGGAGGAGGCGGAGAUCAUGGAGCGCCGGCUCAUCGCCGCGGACAAGCUCAUCUCGGGGCUGGGCUCGGAGAACAUCAGGUGGCUGAGGGACCUGGACGAGCUGAUGCAUCGGCGUGUCCGGCUGCUGGGCGACUGCCUGCUGUGCGCGGCCUUCCUGAGCUACGAGGGCGCCUUCACCUGGGAGUUCCGCAACGAGAUGGUCAACCAGGUCUGGCAGCAGGACAUCACGGAGCGGGAGAUCCCCCUGAGCGUCCCUUUCCGCCUGGAGAGCCUGCUCACGGACGAAGUGGAGAUCAGCAGGUGGGGCUCCCAGGGCCUGCCCCCCGACGAGCUCUCCAUCCAGAACGGCAUCCUCACCACCCGGGCCAGCCGCUUCCCCCUCUGCAUCGACCCCCAGCAGCAGGCCCUCAACUGGAUCAAGAGAAAAGAGGAGAAAAACAACCUGCGGGUCGCCUCCUUCAACGACCCCGACUUCCUCAAGCUGCUGGAGAUGUCCAUCAAGUACGGCACGCCCUUCCUCUUCCACGACGUGGACGAGUACAUCGACCCCGUGAUCGACAACGUCCUGGAGAAAAACAUCAAGUUCUCCCAGGGCCGGCAGUUCAUCAUCCUGGGCGACAAGGAAGUGGACUACGACUCCAACUUCCGGCUCUACCUCACCACCAAGCUGGCCAACCCUCGGUACACGCCGUCCGUGUUCGGGAAAGCCAUGGUCAUCAACUACACCGUCACUCUGAAAGGCCUGGAGGACCAGCUGCUGAGCGUGCUGGUGGCCUUCGAGAGGCACGAGCUGGAGGAGCAGCGGGAGCACCUCAUCCAGGAGACGAGCGAGAACAAGAACCUGCUGAAGGACCUGGAAGACUCCCUGCUGCGGGAGCUGGCGACCUCCACGGGCAACAUGCUGGACAACGUGGAGCUGGUGCAGACACUGGAGGAGACCAAGUCCAAGGCCACGGAGGUGUCGGAGAAGCUCAAGCUGGCGGAGAAGACGGCCCUGGACAUCGACCGGCUGCGGGACGGCUAUCGGCCAGCGGCGCGGCGGGGCGCCAUCCUGUUCUUCGUGCUGUCGGAGAUGGCGCUGGUGACCACCAUGUACCAGUACUCCCUGAGCGCCUUCCUCGACGUCUUCGGGCUGUCGCUGAAGAAGUCGCUGCCCGACUCCAUCCUCAUGAAGCGGCUCAGGAACAUCAUGGACACGCUGACCUUCAACAUCUACAACUACGGCUGCACAGGGCACAGCUCGUGGGAGGGACAGGACAGCUCGGAGGAGCGGAGGCCUGGACGUUCUUCCCAGCCUGUGUUGGGAGCCACGCUGCUGCGCACACUGCCUUGUCCGUGCGCUGCCCACUGGUAUGACCUGGACGCGCUGGAGCAGUCCCCCUUCCCCCUGGGCUACGACAGCAGCAUCACCCCCUUCCAGAAGCUGCUCAUCCUGCGCUGCUUCCGCGUGGACCGGGUCUACCGCGCUGUGACCGACUACGUGACGGUCACCAUGGGGGAGAAGUACGUGCAGCCCCCGAUGAUCAGCUUCGAGGCCAUCUUCGAGCAGAGCACCCCGAACUCGCCCAUCGUGUUCAUCCUGAGCCCCGGCUCCGACCCCGCCAGCGACCUCAUGAAGUUGGCCGAGCAAACUGGCUUUGGGGGAAACCGCCUCAAGUUCCUCGCCAUGGGGCAAGGCCAGGAGAAGGUGGCCCUGCAGCUGCUGGAGACAGCGGUGGCUCGUGGGCAGUGGCUGAUGCUGCAGAACUGCCACCUGCUGGUCAAGUGGCUGAAGGACCUGGAGAAGUCCCUGGAGCGGAUCACCAAGCCCCACCCCGACUUCCGCCUGUGGCUCACCACCGACCCCACCCAGGGCUUCCCCAUCGGCAUCCUGCAGAAGUCCCUGAAGGUCGUCACGGAGCCGCCCAACGGGCUGAAGCUCAACAUGAGGGCCACCUACUUCAAGAUCUCGAACGAGAUGCUGGAGCACUGCCCGCACCCCGCGUUCAAGCCGCUGGUGUACGUGCUGGCCUUCUUCCACGCCGUGGUGCAGGAGCGCAGGAAGUUCGGCAAGAUCGGCUGGAACGUCUCCUACGACUUCAACGAGUCCGACUUCCAGGUCUGCAUGGAGAUUCUGAACACGUACCUGACCAAAGCCUUCCAGCAGCGCGACACUCGGAUCCCGUGGGGCAGCCUCAAGUACCUGAUUGGAGAGGUCAUGUACGGAGGCCGGGCCAUCGACAGCUUCGACCGCCGCAUCCUCACCAUCUACAUGGACGAGUACCUGGGGGACUUCAUCUUCGACACCUUCCAGCCCUUCCACUUCUUCCACAACAAGGAGGUGGACUACAAGAUCCCCGCGGGCGCGGGCGACCCCAAGGAGCGCUUCGUGGAAGCCAUCGAGGCCCUGCCGCUGGCCAACACGCCCGAGGUGUUCGGUCUCCACCCCAACGCGGAGAUCGGGUAUUACACGCAGGCCGCCCGGGACCUGUGGUCUCACCUGCUGGAGCUGCAGCCUCAGACAGGGGAAUCGAGCAGCGGCAUCAGCCGAGAGGAUUACAUUGGCAACGUGGCCAAGGACAUAGAGAACAAGAUGCCCAAGGUCUUCGACUUGGACCUGGUCCGGAGGCACCUGGGCGCGAGCAUCACCCCGACGUCGGUAGUGCUGCUGCAGGAGCUGGAGCGCUUCAACAAGCUGCUGGUCCGCAUGUCCCGCUCCCUGGCCGAGCUGCAGAGGGCCCUGGCCGGGGAAGUGGGCAUGAGCAGUGAGCUGGACGACGUGGCCAGGUCGCUGUUCAUCGGGAACAUCCCUCACAUCUGGAGGAAGCUGGCCCCCGACACCCUGAAGUCCCUCGGGAACUGGAUGCUCUACUUCCUGCGGCGCUUCAGCCAGUACACGUCCUGGGUCGUGGAAAGCGAGCCCAACGUGAUGUGGCUCUCGGGGCUGCACGUCCCGGAGUCCUACCUCACGGCCCUGGUGCAGGCCACCUGCCGGCGGAACGGCUGGCCCCUGGACCGCUCCACCCUGUUCACGCAGGUGACCAAGUUCCAGGACGCGGAUGAAGUGACUGAGCGGGCAGGACAAGGGUGCUUUGUGUCAGGACUGUACCUGGAAGGCGCGGACUGGGACCUGGAGAGAGGCUGUCUGGUCAAGAGCAAGCCCAAGGUGCUGGUGGUGGACCUGCCCAUCCUCAAGAUCAUCCCCAUCGAGGCCCACCGCCUCAAACUGCAGAACACCUUCCGGACGCCCGUCUACACCACCUCCACCAGGAGGAACGCCAUGGGCGUGGGCCUGGUCUUCGAGGCCGACCUCUUCACCACCAGGCACAUCUCCCACUGGGUGCUGCAGGGCGUGUGCCUCACCCUGAACUCCGACUGACCCCGGGGAGGGGCUCGUGAGGGGCUCUCAGUCCACUCUCGUUUGGGGGGCUUCUCGAGAGGCAGCAAUGGGGGUUUCCUUUCACUUGAAAUCAGCCAUUUUCCUCUCUCCCAUAAAAUUCGGCUGCACGGCUUUGUUUUUGAAGCUUUUUUAAGGAG